GCAGAGACGAGGUUUCGUGACACGUACGAAGAAAUGAGAAAGAGUGCAGUUCUAGAGAAGUCCCUAGUAUAUAUCUCCAACUUCUGAAGGAGUCAAGGAUUUGCUUCGUCAGAAAACCCCGAUCCCUCAAAAAUCUUCGCAUCUUUCCAUCUGUCCACUACAUCAGACGAUCCAAGAAUUCACCUGAAAAUUCUAGCUAGGGGAAAAAAAGUUUCAGGUAAAGAUGGUUACGUCGUCGGUGGUGAAUACGUAUCCACUGUCGAGCUACACCUUCGGCACUAAGGAGCCGAAGAUGGAGAAGGACACUUCCGUCGCUGACCGCCUGGCUCGUAUGAAACUCAACUAUAUGAAGGAAGGCAUGAGGACUAGCGUUGAAGGAAUCUUGCUGGUACAGGAGCAUAAUCAUCCUCAUAUUCUGCUUUUGCAAAUUGGGAACACAUUCUGCAAACUACCUGGUGGUCGUUUGAAACCAGGAGAAAAUGAAACUGAGGGGUUGAAAAGGAAACUGUGUAGCAAACUUGCAGCUAAUUCUACUGGACUUCAGCCUGAUUGGCAGAUAGGAGAGUGUGUGGCUGUGUGGUGGAGGCCUAAUUUUGAGACCAUAAUGUACCCGUAUUGCCCUCCACACAUAACCAAACCCAAGGAGUGUAAGAAACUUUUCCUUGUUCACUUGUCAGAAAGAGAGUACUUUGCAGUGCCAAAAAAUUUAAAACUUCUUGCUGUUCCAUUGUUUGAGCUUUAUGACAACGUUCAGAGAUAUGGACCUGUGAUAUCCACCAUCCCGCAACAGCUGUCAAGAUUUCAAUUUAACAUGGUUCACGCAUAAACUUCAUGAUCUGAUACUAAAGGACUAGAAAUCUGAUAUAUAUAUAUAUAUAUAUAU